AUGCGAUUCAAAGCCUCAACUUUUUCUCCAAACAAAGGUAUGAAUACGGAGUAUAAUAAAGUAGCAUCAUAUCGCCUAGAACGCGAAAGUUUAAAGGCUGAAUUCUGCAAUGAUAAAGUUUCCACUAUUACGCAAGACAUCAAUUCGUUUGAUUCGGAAGGCGACAUUCCGAUUAAAGAGGAUGCAAUGUGUGACUCUAUAUCAUCUGACAAUAAGGAGACCAAUAAUUUCAUUGAUCCCUUGGCACCUCAGGUGCGCAUAGACGCUGAUGGAAAUAUUGUCAUUGACGAAACUAGUUUAACGAUACAGAGGGAUACUUCUUCUGAAGGCAGGAUAUUACGUCAUGUUAAUGAAGAAAAUGGAAUUAUUUCGUCAUCCUAUAGCAGCUUUAAGCCUCCAAAGGCAUUGCCUGGAUCACGAUGGUCAGAAAAAGAAACAACUUUAUUUUAUCGAGCCCUAAACACAAUCGGGACAGAUUUUUACUUAAUGGGCCUCUUGUUUCCCCACAGAACACGAUCCCAACUAAAGGCCAAAUUCAAACGUGAAGAGAAAAUAAAUCAUCAUUUGGUCAACGAAGCUCUGAAAAAUCGUCGAUCUUAUGAUUUGAGUGCACUAUGCCCCAUGAGUGAUGAGGAAAGUGUGGAAGUGGCUCCGACGUGUGGAGACGUUUCUGAUACAGACAAUUCCAAGUCUAUUAAACGACCUCCGGGCCGGCCUCCAUCCUUAUUGAAAAAACGAUCUCGACAAACCUUGGCUUCAAGUGACCAUGUUGUUGAGGUAAUCGAAACCGUUCUUGCUCAGACCAGCCACAACUCUUCCCCUGAUGAGAUGACAGACCACGGCAGCGUAAUU